CAGAGGGAAGGACCCACAGACGCAGGGCUGUCCUCUAACAGAGCUUCAGAUCUGAUCUACUCAUGUGGAUUUUUCUAUGAAACUUUGCCAGCUGAGGACUGAGUCUAUCUUUUGUUUUGUGCUGCCACCUACAGAAGGAAAACUUGUUUGAGAUUUCAAGGAGAGUUUUGGUUUCAUGCCUGGCUGACAUAGAGCGUAUCUGCUCAGACCCUGUGGUUUAGUGGAUGCAUGGAAGAGGCUUUUCGUCAUUCUCUCGGGUCACCAGUUGCCAUCUCAGACAACAAGAGUCUCCCGUCUUUGCAAGAUCUUUCUGGUUUUCCCUCUGAAGCGCUUGGAAAUACAGGAGAAGAGCGACAGAUAAAGGAGACAGAAGCAGAAGAUCUUCAUGUAUUCCCUCAAAGCCUAAAAGAGACAAAUAGUGACAGCUGGCUGGUGGACCUGAGGGGGCAUGGGGACGAUGAGGAUGGUUUGGCUGUGUCUCCUAGCCUGCAAUGUCCUACUUAUUGGUUUCCUUCACGUGGCUGUCACAGAAAAUGAUGUCACUCCACGCCUCAGCUUUCCCUACAAUGCAAAGGAAAGGACAACAAAAAGCUUCUCAGCCAACGGGGUGUACAACUUCACCUCCUUCCUGCUCAGCAGUGAAGACAACAUGCUCUAUGUUGGGGCCCGGGAGAUUCUCUUUGCUCUCAACCUCUCUGAUAUCAGUGCAACAAAGCUUAAAAGAAGCCUCACAUGGAAAACUCCGGAGAGGAAGAGAGAGGAGUGCAGUUUCAAAGGCAAAGAUCUUCAGAAAGACUGCUUCAACUACAUAAAGAUUUUGCUGCAGAAGAACAGCACUCUCCUGUACGUUUGUGGGACGUACGCCUUCAGCCCUAUCUGUGCCUACAUUAGGACAGGAGACUUCUCUUUUGUCAGAAGUGAUGCUGGUGAGAUUGUUACAGAAGAUGGACGCAGCCGCUGCCCGUUCAACCCGGAGUACAAGUCCACUGCCAUCAUGGCUGAUGGGGAACUGUAUGCCGGCACAGUUAGUAAUUUCCAAGGAAAUGAACCCAUCAUCUACAAGAGCCUGAGCCAAGGCACUGCUCUGAAAACGGAAAACUCUCUCAACUGGCUUCAAGACCCAGCCUUUGUUGGCUCGGCUUACAUUCAGGAGAGCCUACCCAAGGGCAACCUUGUGGGCGAUGACGAUAAGAUUUACUUCUUCUUCAGUGAAGCAGGAAAGGAGUUUGAUUUCUUUGACAACACCGUCGUUUCACGCAUCGCCCGUGUGUGUAAGGGCGACAUCGGAGGGGAGAGGGUAUUACAGAAGAAAUGGACCACUUUCUUAAAGGCUCAGCUUCUGUGCUCAUUGCCUGAUGAUGGGUUCCCCUUCAACAUAAUCCAAGACAUGUUUGUGCUCACGCCGGGCCCCGAGGACUGGAAGAACACUGUGUUUUAUGGAGUCUUUACAUCUCAGUGGUACAAAGGUGCUUCAGGAAGCUCUGCAGUCUGUUCCUUCACCAUGGACCAAGUGGAAAAUGCUUUUAAUGGGCGAUACCGUGAGGUCAACAGAGAGACCCAGCAGUGGUACACUUAUAAUCAUCCUGUCCCGGACCCUCGGCCAGGAGCUUGCAUAACAAAUGCAGCCAGAGAGCUGGGCAUCACCUCCACGCUGCACAUGCCGGACAAAGUGUUGAAUUUUGUCAAAGACCACUUCCUGAUGGACAGAGUCAUCCGCAGCCAACCCCUACUUCUGAAACGUAACAUACGCUACACACAGAUUGUUGUGCAUCGGGUCCAGACAACUAAAAAGGAGUAUGAUGUGCUUUUUAUUGGCACAGAUAAUGGGAGACUCCAUAAAGCCAUCAACAUCAAAAACAAGAUGCACAUUAUUGAGGAGAUGGUGAUCUUCCGUGACUCUCAACCAGUUCAGCACAUUGAGUUGGACACUAACAAGGGUCGGCUCUACGUUUCGUCUCUCUCUGAAGUUGUUGAGGUCCCAGUAGCUAACUGCUCUAAUUAUCAGAGCUGUGGGGAGUGCAUCCUCUCCAGGGAUCCAUACUGUGCCUGGAACAAGUGGCAGUGUGUAGAUGUCAGAAGUAUUCCUGCCAGCAAGACCCAGCACCAAGAUGUAGAUGAAGCAAAUACAUCAGCUAUUUGCGGAAAGCCGAGCCCACGGGCUGCUAAUCCUCCACCAACAAGAGCUUCUUCAUGCCAGGCAAUAAUUAUCCCAGCCAACACUUUCAAAGUACUGCCAUGCAAGCUGCGCUCCAAUUUAGCUGAGAGAAAGUGGCAGUUCAGCCAAGGCACAGGUCACUUUCACUACCCCAGCCCAGAGGGGGGUCUGGUAGUGGUCGCUCAGGCCGGCAGACAGGAAACCUACGAGUGCUGGUCAGUGGAGGAAGGCUUUAUGGAGCUGCUUGCAAACUACUGUGUAAGAGGCGAAGCCAGACAGGAGAGCACUACGCUGACGGGCCGUUCUCGUAUACCACAGCUUUCCCAGGAGGAAGUUAUAUUUCUGCCAGGGGAAACCCGCUCUCCACAGAUCAACACCAAAACCUACUGGAAUGAGCUGAUUGUUGUGUGCGCCCUCUUGGGGUUUUCCAUCCUGGUCUUUUCUCUGUUUGUGGUCUACAGGAAUCGUGACCAUAUGAAAUCAAUGCUUAAGGAGGGAGAGUGCCCAAAUAUGCAGCAAAAAAAGCCAAGAAUAGUGAACAAACCAGCUGAGAACUUACCUCUAAAUGGCACCACCGUCACAACGUCUGUGUCAGAUCACAAAGGAUAUCAAACCCUUAAUGACAACUACCUGUGCAGCACCCCUCCACAUGAGUGCUCCUCGCCCGAAAACACCAAGAGCUUCUCGGAGUCAGAGAAAAGGCCUCUGAACUUAAAAGAGAGUCAUGUAGAGAUUUCUCCCACAUGCCCGCGGCCACGAGUCAGACUAGGCUCUGAGAUUAAAGACUCUAUAGUGUGAGGCUGGCUGAAAAGAGCUGGAAUGAGUGCGCUUGUUGGAAAAGACCAAACUUUUUAGGAGAAAGAAUGCAGCGCUCUUACAGUGAAACAUUCAUUACAGAUAUUUUGCACUUUGUCUACUUUUGUUCUGUCCCUGUGGUUCAAUGUGUAUUUCAUUUGAUUGCUCUCUUUCACACAGUGCAUUCAGAGCAACCCCUAUAUUGCCUUCUGAUGCACUCACACAUGGCUCACAGGAAUGUAACAAGCACAGAGGUGGCAUCAAAACCACUAGUUAGGGAUCAAGUUUCAGGGCAUUUCAAACUUUUCCGUCCAUGUAAAACACUGGUACUGCUUGGAAUUGCGGAAUAUUACCCAAAGUGUAUGCCACUAAAAGUGACAGCAUUGGAGGUUUUAUUGUUAUUCUGCAAUUUGGCAGGUAUCCAUGCUUCAUUGAGGCUACCGUGAAUUUACUCGUUUCCCAAACAUAAGAAAAUAGACAAGUCAGACUCAUGUAGGAAAAAAAUAAUUCAAAAAUGGAAA